UUUAUAAUAUUUAGUGAUUGGAAAAUUUAAUAUGGGAAAUAGAGGAACAACCGGUCAAGACAAUGACCAAAGCAAACAGUCAGACACUCCAGUUAUUAAGAAUCAUAAUAAUAUUAGGAAGGAGACCAUUAGGCUAACUAAAGUUGAGGAAGAUGAAGGAGAAACUUAUGCUCUAAACUUUACCUUUUCAUGCUCGUAUGAUUGUGUGCUGACUAUAUAUCUUUGAUCAACAGAAUAUCGGUCGAGUGAUAAGUCAGGACCUCCUGUUUAUUUCCAUACUCCUGAUUAUGUCCCAGAAAAACCAGUGAGUUAUAAAUUUUCUAAGGGAAUCAGGCAGAAAUUCCCUGAAAAUGAAUAUAUCAUUGAUUUUUCAAAGUUCAAAGAAGAGGAUAUUACGAGUUAUAAGGAAGACGAAUAUUACCCAAUUGUGAUGACUAUAGAGACUGACUAUCCCCCACCUGUAAAGGACAACUUAAAGACUUAUCAUAAGAAUAAGCGUCAAGCUCAGAUUACCUAUGGUUAUUUCGCUAAAAUCACGAAUGGAAAGUACCAGUUCAGAUUCAACAAACAAUGCUUCCUUUUCCGGAACAAAUUGUUCAAAAUGGAAGAUAUUUACGGUCAUGAGAAGCAAGAAGAAGAUGGCAAAAAUGAGUUUGAUGAAUCUCAAAAAGAAUGAGUAGUAUGAUACUCAAACAUCAAAGAUACCAUUGUUUACCCAUGCAAGCAUAUUUGUCUUUGCUCACAAUGUACUCAGAUAGUAAGAAUGCAAAAUUCAAAAUGCCCAAUAUGUAGAAGACAGGCUGAGAAAUUCAUCUGUAUUCAGAUAGAGAAUGCUACUCCCGAUGGAAAUAGGAAUAACUCAGAUGAAAACUCAGCUCCCAUAUAAGCUAUUUCUG